CCGAGAUGCGGGAGAGGGUCGGCUCGAACGGUCAGGCGGGGACUUCCGCUCUGGGCGGUCCUCUGCAGUAGCCGGGAGGGGCCCGCGGCGCUGACUCGUCCCCAUGGCCGCCGAACGGGAACCUGGCGAGCCCGGGAAGGGGAAGCCCUUUAAGCUCCUAGGAAUUUUAGACGUCGAAAACAUUCCCUGUGCACGGGAUUCAGUAUUAUAUGGUUCAUUUGGAUCUAUUGUGGCUGGCCUUGGACAUUUUUUAUUAACUAGUAGAACUAGAAGAUCAUGUGAUGUUGGAGUAGGUGGGUUUAUUUUGGUGACUUUAGGAUGCUGGUUCCAUUGUAGGUAUAAUUAUGCAAAGCUGAGAAUCCAGGAAAGAAUUGCCAGAGAAGGAAUUAAGAGUAAGAUUUUAUAUGAAAGCACCCACCUUGAUCCUGAAAGAAAACAAACUGACCGCAACAGCAGCAAUUGAGCAGUGUUGGGCAGAAGAAACCAAAAUACAACUCAUUGAAAUGAGCAUGCACAAAGCUCAGAUCAACUACACAAAACAUUUUAUGUACAAUAAGAAAGCUUUUCAAUCAAGUAAAUAAAGCACGUGUAAGUUGUCUUUUUUAUACACACAUACAUAUAGAAACCUGCAAACUCUUGCCCUGUGUCUACUGCCAGUCUAACAUUGUGCUACACACAGUGGACUUUUCACACUUCAAAUCUUACUGCUGCACCCUUUUCAAAAUGAGCCAACACUCCCCUGGUUUCUAAAACUAAUGCUAGUUUAACACAUAAAAUGAAUGGAUUUUAUGUGACUUAGACCUCCCUUUCCAAGGCAAGAGAGUAAGUUAUUUUCAUUUUUGGUUUUAAUGUCAACAUUACAAGAUCUUUUAAAUAUAAGAACAAGCUAGAUGCCUUCCUGAAGAGUGUUAAUAAAAUCUAAAUUAAGAAAAAAAGACACCAGUCAACAGGAUUGUGAACUUUAUUAUUGAUCCUAUUACUCUGAAAUAUCAAGGUGGAAAAAAAAAAAAAAAAAGCAAAACACAA